AUGGCAAACAGCACUUCACAUUUUCCCGCGAUCUCUUCAAUUGAAUAUAAUAAUUUUGGUCAACAACAGCAGCCAGAAAAUUCUCAUCCUUCGCUUUCAUUAUAUCAACACCCAGAUUUACAUAAUCUCUUUACACAAUCGUCUUCGAAUGUUCUGACUCAGCAAAUUUCAACAUUCCCAACCGGAAUGUCAAUACACGAUAUUGGCGAUAUUAAAGAAUCAUUGUCGUCAUUACAUUCUCGCGUUAAUGAAAUGUGGAGUGAAAUGUGUACGUUGAAACAACGACAAGAUGUUGUUGAGGAAAAAACGAACUGUACUGAUAGUAACGGUAAUGAAGAAGAAUUAGAGUAUGAAGAAGCUGAAGUACCUGAUGAAUUAAAUUACUAA